AUGGCGGCGAAUCAGGCGGCGGUUGUGAAGCUGGCUCUGGGGCUAAUGGGAUUGUGCUUGGCCGGUUACUUACUGGGUCCCCCUUUAUACUGGCACUUCAAGGAAGGUUUAGCUGCUGUCAGUCAUUCUUCUUCUUCGUCGUCCACUUGCCCUCCUUGCCUCUGCGAUUGCUCCUCUCAGCCUCUUCUCGCCAUCCCUCAAGAAUUGAGCAAUGCCACGUUUGCAGAUUGUGUGAAGCAUGAUCCAGAGGUGAGCGAAGACGCCGAGAAGAACUUCUCUGAGCUGCUGACGGAGGAACUAAAGCUGCGGGAGACUGAAGCAUUGGAGAGUCAGCAGCGCGCUGAUAUGGCCCUGCUGGAGGCUAAGAAGAUAUCAUCCCAGUACCAAAAGGAAGCGGACAAGUGCAAUUCAGGGAUGGAAACAUGCGAAGAAGCGAGGGAAAAAGCUGAGGCCUCAUUAGUAGCACAGAAGAAACUGACAUCGUUGUGGGAGACAAGAGCGCGCCAGAAGGGAUGGAAAGAAGGAGCUGCCACCAAGACUAAGGGAAGCAGCGUCCAAUCUGCGUAA